UAGGAGGUUGGAGAGAUACUUCACACUGAAUGAAAAUAUUUUCUAAAGCUGAGUGCGCUCCAGGAACCGUCACCCAAAUGUUUCUCUGCCCGUGGAGGUUUCAUAUUUGAAAGAAUAUUUCUACGAAAGGUAGGUGUGUCUCAUCAUCAUGUUCUGGAAGUUUGAUUUGAACACAACAUCGCAUGUGGACAAGCUGCUGGAUAAGGAGGAUGUGACACUGCAUGAGUUGAUGGACGAAGAUGACAUCCUACAGGAGUGCAAGGCGCAGAACCGUAAACUUCUGGACUUCAUCUGCCAGCAGCAGUGCAUGGAGGACCUGGUCAACCUCAUCACCCAUGAGCCCCCCAUGGACAUGGAGGAGAAGGUCCGCUUCAAAUACCCAAACACCGCCUGUGAACUGCUGACCUCUGAUGUGCCACAGAUCAAUGACAAGCUAGGAGGGGAUGAAACCUUGUUGAAUAUCCUUUAUGACUUCCUGGAUCAUGAGCCACCUUUGAACCCUUUGCUUGCCAGUUUCUUCAGCAAGACCAUUGGGAAUCUCAUUGCAAGAAAAACUGAACAGGUGAUCACAUUUUUGAGGAAAAAAGAUAAAUUCAUUAGCCUGGUGCUAAAGCACAUUGAUACGUCUGCAAUGAUGGAUCUGCUGCUUCGUCUGAUCAGCUGUGUGGAGCCAGCACCUCUACGGCAGGAAGUAUUAAAUUGGCUUAAUGAAGCAAAAGUAAUUCAAAGACUUGUGGAGCUGAUCCAUUCAAGCCAGGAUGAGGAUAGGCAAUCAAAUGCUUCCCAGACCUUGUGUGAUAUCAUAAGAUUGAGCAGAGACCAGAGCAACCAGCUACAGGACAUACCUGAGCCUGACCCACUUCUCACAGCACUGGAAUCGCAGGAAUGCGUGGAGCAGCUCUUGAAGAACAUGUUUGAUGGAGACCAGGCUGAAAACUGUAUAGUGAAUGGAACUCAGAUUUUAUUAACGUUACUGGAGACAAGGCGCUCUGGGGUAGAAGGAUUGAUGGACUCGUUCUCUCAGGGAUUUGAAAGGUCUUACACUGUCAAUAGCAGCGUUUUACAUGGUAUUGAACCACGGCUAAAGGAUUUCCACCAGCUUCUCCUCAAUCCCCCCAAGAAAACAUCAAUCCUAACUACUAUUGGUGUCUUGGAGGAGCCACUGGGGAAUGCUCGCCUUCAUGGAGCUCGACUGAUAGCUGCUCUGCUCCACACAAACACUCCCAGUAUUAAUCGGGAACUAUGCAGGCUCAAUACCAUGGACUUAUUACUUGACUUAUUUUUUGCAUACACGUGGAAUAACUUUUUGCAUUUCCAAGUGGAACUGUGCAUAGGAGCGAUCCUCUCGCACUCUGUGCACGAAGGGAAAACAACGAAUGACCAGGAAAAUAAAGAAGAGGUACUGAGUGGGAAUGUGACCACAGAAAACUCAGACACUCCAGACAACAGGCCAGAAAAUAUCAUGGUGACGCAUCUGUUCCAGAAGUGCUGCUUGGUGCAGAGGAUACUGGAUGCUUGGGAAACCAAUGAUAAAAUACAGGCAGAAGGUGGCAUGAGGCGAGGGAAUAUGGGCCAUCUGACCCGAAUAGCCAACGCUGUGGUACAGAACGUGGAGAAAGGCCCCAUGCAGACUCAGAUCAGUGAAUUCAUUAAAGAGCUACCUGAGGAUUGCAGAGGGAGGUGGGAGAGUUUUGUAGAAGAGACUCUGACCGAGACGAACCGGCGGAAUACAGUGGAUUUGGUGAGCACUCACCAUUUGCACUCUUCCAGCGAGGAUGAAGACAUUGAGAGCGCUUUCCCCAAUGAACUCUCCCUCCAGCAGGCAUUCUCAGAGUAUCAGUUCCAGCAGAUGACAGCCAACUUUGUGGAUCAGUUUGGCUUCAAUGAUGAAGAGUUUGCAGACCAGGAUGACAACAUCAAUGCGCCUUUUGACAGGAUUGCGGAGAUAAACUUCAACAUAGAUGCAGAUGAUGACAGUCCCAAUGCUUCCCUUUUUGAAGCCUGCUGCAAUGAACGGAUUCAACAAUUUGAUGAUAAUGAGGAGGAGGAAGAUAUCUGGGAGGAGAAGGAAAUAAGCUAUGCAACCCAAGUGAAAUCGAGAACACGGUUUGGAGUCUCUCAGACCUCAGAGAGUUCUUCAAAAAGUGAUCUAGAGAAUGGGGACCACGAUGGCAGUGUGGACUCGGAAGAGGAGGAGGAAGCAGAAGAACAAACCUCACCUCCUACAGUGAACGCCAACAAAAGUAAUGCUUCUGAGCAGAAGAGCACAGACUCCUCUGAAGGCUCAGGAUGGACAGCCGUGUUCGAGCCAGUGAAUUCAAAACCCCCAGCACCUUGCGUGGCCAUGGAUGUUGGAUCAAGCGUGUGGGAUUCAGCAGCACCAGAGACCACCACUCCUGAGGAGAAAGGAUGGGCAAAGUUUACAGACUUUCAACCUUUUUGUUGCUCAGAAUCAGGUCCACGAUGUAGUUCUCCUGUGGACACAGAAAGCAGCGACUCAGAGGGAAACCCCAAGCAAAGUCAGGACAAGACCUUUAGCACUACGUCACCCUGUGUUUGGAACGUCUGUGUGACAAGGAAGGCACCUCUCGUGGCCUCGGACAGCAGCUCCUCUGGAGGCUCCGACAGCGAGGAGGAUGAGGACAAGACUGACAUCGUUACCGAAACCAUCAGUACGGGGUCAGGCCAGGAAACCAUCAAACUGACCAUGGAUGCUAAGAAUGAGAAAGCUGUGUUCACCAGAAUAUUUAGACCUGCAGUCAGAGGUGAUGCAGACUGCAUGGUGAUCGACAAGCUGACCAUCACUGAUAUGGCAACGACAAAGGUCUCCAAGCCACUGAACAGCACGGCCCAGCAUUCGGAGGAGCACCAGAACGCUGCAGCUGUUGGUACGGUUGCUACGGAAGCCACAGCAAAAGACAGGAAGGAAGAGGUCUUACCGUGUGCCGAAGCCACAUUAAAUGGCCCCGCUUGAUGAAGCGAAUGCAAUGGGACAUGUGUGAUCCAGGCCAGGCUGCUACCUGGUGAUGCAAUUUGUCAGUUUUUUUCAUUUUAAUUUUAUUUUUUAAUAAAUGCUGCAUUGAUGAGAGAGCUGGCAUUCAGGACCAGACGCGAUUCCAACACCAACAACCUGUUCUGAAAGACACUUGCAUUGUCUAAAUGUAGCAUGGAUCAGUUAGUCAUCAGAGUGACUGGGUCCUACCCAAGCAAGCCUUCUGCCUGGUUUCAGUUCCUUGUCCCCCUUCCUCUUCUCCCCUGGUUUUUUUGUUUUCUCUCUGGGGUUCAGUCCUGUUUCCUUAGUGUUAUUGCACACAGUAUUCAGCUUCUCUUCAGAAAGGUAGCAGGUCUAACGCUGGGGCUUGGACAGUGCACAAAAAGUCCUGCAGUCGUCUGACCAAAGUUCCUGAUGGAGCUGCCUCGGGCAGCAUUUGCACCGCUUUUGUAUAGCAAUAAAGCCUUAUCAGAAACAUUUCAUAGGAGGAAAAGAUACAAACACUUCAAACGGGAUGUGGCAGGGAGGGAUAUUUUUUUUCUGUGGGGUGGGAGGGAAGACAUCAACAUGGUCCCAAGCCAGAGGCCAGAUAGCAAAGUUAGCGUAACACUGAACCAUCUUGAGACAUGGGAGAUCUCUGCGUUCCAGUGAAUGGCACCGUGCUCUGAUCUCUGGCGACGUGACAGUUCACUGCAGGAUCUUGGACCAUUUUAGCAGCUGGUCACUUCCGUCCGAGCCAUCCAAGCUCAACCCUCUGGAUGUCAUCCUACGUUGGGCUGGGAAGCGUGCAAAGGAGGUAGCGUGUCAUGCUCGUCGGCUGAGAGGACAGCGACCCACGGGACGGCUGCCAUGCAGGGAGAGGAGCAGACGUGGCCCAACCAGGUGAUGAGGUGCUUGCUGGCUUUUUGGAAACUAAUGUGUUUUCAGAUUCAUAUGGAGAUCUUUUUUGGUUUUCUGUUCUGUUUUUAAAAGUUUUUAAUGGAUGCAGGAACAGCAACACUUUUGCACUUUGUACCUAGCGACAGCAUUGGAGAGGGAAGCGACCCCAUCACGGGACUCUUGCUGUUACUCUCCAUGUAGUCAAGUCGCAGAGAGGGCUGGGGGGCACGCUGCUCCCAGGCUAGUGGAUAGAGCAGGGUGGGGGACAGGACUACACCUCAAAUGACCUGGGAGCAGGGUCAGUUCAGGAUGGGUAUUUGACCCUGGAACAGAGGAUCCUCUGCAUAAGCAUGUAGGACCUUCUCCAGCAUAAAGACUGUACCAGUGUCUGCCCCAGGUCCGCACUGAUGUCGAGCCCAGUGUGCUGGCCUCAGCCACAAGCUUGUUCCCAGACUGGACUUGUGCACAUAGAUCAUACGGGUGUAGAAGCUGGGCCACUUCAGCUCCGGGCUCGUGCUGGUAACAGCAGACUGCCAUAAACAGUGCUCGCUCUAUACCCCCGUAGGCUUUACUGCUCGUGUGUAAGCUGUGUGCUGAGACCCACCUGUCCUCUCUUCGAUGCCACUUAUUUUCCCAAUCCGAGGUCUAAGCUGGAAAAUCGUUUACUUUGGAAUAAAAGCAUAAAGCUUG